AACAAGUCUCUUAAAUCUAAAUAUCAGUCAUAGAAAUCUAGGGAUGCAUUAUCUACCUUAAUUGGGUUCUAUGACAUUUAUAUAAGUGAUAAGAUCAGUGCAGUGAGCACUACUAAUCCAUCCAUAAGUCGUAUUGUUUGCUAGUUGAUUUUUCUCAUUGUGUUACAGACAUGAAGGCCUGGCUAGUGCUGUUGUUUGUGGUGUAUACGAUAAGUUCAACAGCUUAUAAGUGAAGAGGCAAUAAGUUGAUUGCAUCUGCUGCUAGGAGGAUUUUAACUUUAUAUACAUGACUGGCAUUUCUUGUUGCAAGUCCUGCUAGGGUUGUUUGUUACUUCAGCAACUGGGCGAUAUACCGGCCUGGUAUCGGUAAAUAUGGAAUUGACGAUAUACCAGUGGAUCUUUGCACCCACAUCAUCUAUUCCUUCAUUGGUGUCGAUGAGAAAAACUGGAGUGUGCUCGUCAUAGACCCUGAGGUGGACGUAGAACAAAAUGGGUUUAGAAACUUCACAAGUAUGAAGAAGAACCAUCCUAAAGUGAAGUUUCAGAUAGCUGUUGGAGGAUGGGCAGAAGGCGGCUCGAAAUAUUCCCAUAUGGUAGCUGAAAAAUCAAGAAGGGACACAUUCAUCAGCAGCGUUGUGGAUUUCAUGAAAAACUACGACUUUGAUGGCUUUGAUCUGGAUUGGGAAUACCCAGCAGCCGCCGACAGAGGUGGAAGUUUUUCUGAUAAAGAUAAGUUCUUCUAUUUCGUGGAGGAGCUGCGCAGAGCGUUCGAUAAAGAAGGUAAGGAAUGGGAGAUCACCAUGGCAGUACCAGUAGCAAAAUUCCGACUUCAAGAGGGAUACCAUGUGCCAGAGCUAUGCGAACUUUUAGACGCCGUUCACGCGAUGUCUUAUGAUUUGAGAGGUAACUGGGCCGGUUUCGCAGACACCCACAGUCCACUCUACAAGAGACCCCAUGACCAAUGGGCAUACGAAAAACUGAAUGUGAACGAUGGACUACAAUUAUGGGUAGACAUGGGAUGCUCGCCAAAGAAACUAGUUGUCGGCAUACCAUUUUAUGGAAGAACAUACACAUUGAGUCGCGGUAACAACAAUCACAAUCUAGGAACCUACAUUAACAAAGAAGCUGGUGGUGGAGAACCUGGACCGUACACAAAUGCCACCGGAUUUUUGGCUUACUAUGAGAUUUGUACUGAGGUGAUGAACAAAGACGCUGGGUGGACCAAACAAUGGGAUGAACACGGAAAAGUGCCGUAUACAUACAAAGGCACACAGUGGGUCGGUUAUGAAGAUCCAGAAUCAGUACAAAUCAAAAUGGACUGGAUUAAGUCUAAGGGCUAUGCCGGUGCAAUGACGUGGGCUAUAGAUAUGGACGAUUUUCACGGACUGUGUGGUCCAAAGAAUCCUUUGAUCCAUAUUUUGUAUGCAAAUAUGAAAUCAUAUGAUGUACCCGAGCCCACAGUAACUACAACGCCAAGGCCAGAAUGGGCUAGGCCAAAAAGCACAACAUCUCCAGACUCUACUAAGCCAGCUUCAACAACUAAGAGACCAGAGGAAUGGCAGCCUAGUACUACCCACCGCCCUAGCACACCAUCUCGCCGGCCGUCAUCCACAUCCUCUCCUGAAGGUUCUGCUGUUUCUUCUACGUCGGUACCUGCAGGAGCAAGUGCAACAGCAAGUCCAGCAGCAAAUCCAACAACUGCUACCAAUCCCAACGAGAUAGAUUAUCCGACUGAGUGCAAAGGAGAUUUCAUGCCGCAUCAAGAUUGUGAAAAGUACUAUCGGUGUGUGCACGGAAAAGCCAUGGUAUUCUCUUGUAAACCAGGAUUGAUCUUCAACACUGCAUCCAGUGUCUGCGAUUGGCCAUCAAAUGCUGACCGAGAGAGGUGUAAGCAAGCGUAAAAUAUUAAAAAUGUGAUUUGAUAGUUAGGUUAGAUAUACUUUUUGAGACUUUUACUGUAAACCUGUUUUCAAUAAAUUAUUUAUAACA